GAUGUUUCAUGAUGAACAAACUGCAUACAGACACAGAUGGAGUGAAGUGUCAGAAGCUGUUCUUCUGAAGUUUAACAACUUUUCUGCAUCAGGAUCAAAACCAAAAUGAAAAUCCUCCAUGUUCUCUUCUUUGUUUUCUUGUCAGAUCCAGCUGUGUUCGUCAAGGCAAAGCUCGAUAUCUGGUCUGCAGCUGAAGGAGGAAAUGCUACACUUAACUGCCACUUAACUUUGUCUGGAAGCACAAAGUUCUUCUGUAAGGAAAAAUGUCAGCGAACAGAAGAUAUCCUCAUUAAAACAGAUGGAAGCACAGCUCAGAGUGGGAGAUACAGCAUGAAUUAUAAAGAUGGAUCUUCAGGAAAAGGAAUUGUGUCUGUGACCUUCACACACAUGAUCAAGUCUGACUCAGGAAUGUACAGGUGUGGUUUGGGAAAAUCUUCUGCUCCGGAUUCAUACUCUGACUUUGUGGUCAGAGUUUCAAAUGUAGUCACUGAUCCUGCCCAGGGUCAGCUGACCAAGUCAGACACAGGAGGGUACAGGUGUGGUUAUGGAAACCCUCUGUCUCCAGAUUCAUACUACAGUACCAGUCUUGUUGUCAUUGGUUCAAAUCCACAUACUUCGACACCACAAGCAACAACUGAAACAACACAAACACCACCACCAACAACAGCACAGAGUCAGAGUUUCACUCCAAAGAUUUCUACGUCUUCAUCAGAUUGUCCUCACUCCUCCUUGGGUCUGGUUGUGUGUGUGUCUCUGAUUGGUGUUUUACUGAUGGCUGUUUUUAUCCUGCUCCUCUACAUUUAUAAGACAAGGAGGAACACUGCACUGAACAUCAGAGAAAAUGCAGGCAACAAAAACAUGGAGUUCUCUGGCACAUAUGAGAACUGGGGUCCACCCUCCCAACAUAAAGGCAGUAAGGACCAUGAUCAUGCUUACUCUGCUUUGUAAAAAGUAUGAAAAUGCUAAUGUUCUGAUGCUUUUUUUUUCCUCUUUGGGCAAGUUUAAGAUCUUGUAUAAUUUGUUCCACACACAUAUAAACAUAUAUGAACUGAGCUUUUUUUUUCCAGUUACUUUCUUUCUAUGUAUUCUUGACUUCUUUCUUUAUCCAUAAAUCUGACUGAAUGAAACAUUAAUGUACCACAUUUAAAAAUAAUGCAAAGUCUGUAAAUGUACUAAGAUUUUUAAUUACUGGAGAUCAGGAAGAGUCCAUUAUGUUUUCCAUUUUUAUUGACCUAUUUAGCAUUUCACAUAUAUUUAUCAUGGUAGCAAAAAAGCUUCAGUAUGCAAUCUUAGCUUUGUAACACUGAGAACAUGCUUAUUACGCUGCAUUAUAAACAUUUGAAGAAGAGAUCAGUAGAAAUAUGUUUUAUUGACAGAAACAGAAAACCAAAAGCUUUUUUCUAACAUGCAAUAAAAUGGUUCACAAGCUGGCCAAAAAAAGGAAGUUGAGCCUGAUUAAAGCUUAAGAAACUUUACCUCUCCUCAUCCUCACCAUCACCCUCAGAGGAGCUUUGUCCUGUUCUUUAUUGUGGUGGUGAGGGAGGUUGUCAAACUAAAGAAGAAGGCUUUGGCUGGUCUGAAGCACCAUACCAAUAUGGGAGGGCCAAAGUGUUGUGGCUCCAGCAGUUGCGGAAAAAAACGUGGUUGUUGGAGGAGGUUGUGGGUGAGACAAUUCACAGUUUGCUUUGAAUCCAUAACAAAGAAAACCAGAAUAAACAAAUAAACACUUACUUGUUUAGAUGUGCAGUGUAUGGGAGCAGGUGCAUGAUGGUUUCAACAGGCUGAAGAACAGCAGUCACUCGGCAUCAGCACAUUUAUUCUCUGUAAGAGGAACUCAGUUGCCCAUCAAGGCAGACUCACUCCAAAACCUCUGAAUGCUUAUCACAAACACUAUAAUUACCGCUGGAUCCCUCUGCACACGUCAUUCACAACACAACAUGUUGUUCCUAAGCAUAGAGAAACAGACUGAGAAGUGUGUAUUCAAAGGAGGCAUUCAGGUGGAGUACUGCAGGCAGUCACAGCCCAGAACUAAAUAUGAAACUAAGCACAAAGUAAUGUCCAAUGUUUUUGUAAUCAAGUGACUCUAAUUUUUGUUCCAGGUUCUGUUUAUUUGAUAAUUUCUAUGAAACAAAAAAAUGUGAAAUAAUAUAAGUUUCAUAUAAAAGA